AUGUCAUUGAAAUCAAUCGUCGGCCAAAAAUUAUUAAAUGAAGUAAUUCGGCCAUUACGCCGAAGUGAGAAAAAUGGUGGCUGGAAUGUUUUAGUGGUAGAUCGAUUGGCAAUGCGAAUGCUUAGUGCUUGUUGUAAAAUGCAUGAUAUUAUGGAUGAAGGUAUAACGAUUGUAGAAGAUAUCAAUAAACGACGAGAGCCACUACCAAGUUUAGAUGCGAUUUAUUUAGUGGCACCAACUAAUGAUUCUGUGGAUAAACUGAUUGCUGACUUUUCGCAUGGACAAAAUCAGUACAAAUAUGCGCAUGUUUUCUUUACUGAAGCUUGUCCUGAUCAAUUAUUUUCCACAUUAUCAAAAAGCAGUGCAGCCAGAUAUAUUAAAACGUUAAAAGAGAUUAAUAUAGCAUUUACUCCAUACGAAUCGCAGGUAUAUUCACUUGAUUCACCAGAAACAUUUUUUUUAUAUUAUAAUGCACAAAAACAAGGCGGUUUGACGACAAAUCUUGAGCGUAUAGCCGAACAAAUUGCAACCGUUUGCGCAACUUUAGGAGAAUAUCCUUCACUAAGAUAUCGCGCAGAUUUCGAAAGGAAUGUGGAGCUCGCGCAUCUAGUUGAGCAAAAAUUGGACGCAUAUAAAGCAGACGAUCCAUCCAUGGGAGAAGGUGCAGAUCGAGCCAGAAGCCAGUUAUUAAUUAUAGAUCGAGGAUUUGAUUGUAUUACACCUUUGUUGCAUGAGCUUACUCUUCAAGCAAUGACCUACGAUCUACUGGACAUAGAGAAUGAUGUUUACAGGUAUGAAACAGGUGGAAAUGAUAGCGUCGAAAAAGAAGUUCUCUUAGAUGAGAAUGAUGAUUUAUGGGUGGAAAAUCGUCACAAACAUAUUGCAGUUGUAUCUCAGGAGGUCACAAAGGGUUUGAAGAAAUUUUCAGAAAGUAAAGCAGGAAUGAGUGCUGAUGCUAAAAGUAUUAAGGAUUUAUCGAUGAUGAUCAAAAAAAUGCCACAAUAUCAAAAGGAACUGAAUAAAUUCAGCACGCAUUUCCAUUUAGCAGAAGAAUGUAUGCGGAAAUAUCAACAAGGGAUUGAUAAACUUUGCAAAGUUGAGCAGGAUCUAGCAAUGCAAGUGGAUGCAGAUGGAGAGCGAGUGAAGGAUCCAAUGAAGUUGAUGGUUCCCUUACUUAUUGAUCAGGCGGUUGAACCAGCUGAUCGAAUUCGUCUUAUUCUUUUAUAUAUACUUUCUAAAAAUGGUAUCACUGAUGAGAACCUCAAUAAAUUAUUGCAACAUGCAAAUAUUGAUUCCUCUGAAAAGGAAACGCUUACGAAUGCUUCUUAUCUUGGCCUGAAUAUUACGACUGAUCAAGGUCGAAAGCGUGUGUGGGCGCUAAAUCGAAAAGAACGCACAAAUGAACAAUUCUAUCAAUCAUCUCGUUGGGUGCCAGUAAUUAAAGAUAUUAUGGAAGAUGCUAUCGAUGAUAAACUGGAUAUUAAGCAUUUUCCAUUCUUAUCUGGUCGUCAGAUGAAUCCAACUUAUCGAGCGCCGAUUAGUGCUCGAUACGGUCAGUGGCACAAGGAACGUGGUCAUCAAAUUGCUUAUCGUUCUGGACCUCGUCUUAUUAUUUUUGUUGUCGGUGGAGUCACUUAUUCAGAAAUGCGAGCCGCAUAUGAAGUUACGAAGGACAAGAAACCUUGGGAAGUCGUAAUAGGAUCGGACCAAUUGCUUACUCCAACAUCAUUCUUAGAAAAUCUUCGAGGAUUAAACAAGCUACGUGAUGGAUAA